CCGACCUUUGGUAAUCUAUGGCGGAAAUCGAGGAAGUAUCCAGGAAGAACAUGAAGCAACCAAGAAGAAACGUGAAAAAUAUGGGAAGCAACAGGACAGGAACAAUCGAAGUAGUGUCGGGGAUAACGUGGGACUUACGCGCUGGUUGUCAGGGAAUACUCACACUUGGGACUUUUUCGACUCAGCUCUGGACGGUACUGCGGGCAGAUGCAUUCACGCUCGGCCGUAAUUGCAGUCAGAUGCGUUCAGGAAAGUGCUAGUCUGAACGAGAGUGAUGGUGUGAGAAUGGUGAGGCUCGUGCGACAACGUGAUGGUGAUGAUGACGAUGAUGGCGGUGAAGAUGACCAUGAUGAUGAUGAUGAUGAUGAUGAUGAUGAUGAUGGCGAUGAUGAUGAUGAUGGUGGUGAUCAUGGUGAUGAUGAUGGUGACGAUGAUGAUGGUGACGAUGAGGAGAAGGAGGAGGUAGGGGGCCGUUGAAACGAAAGGAAGCAGAAGAGGCGGGAAAAAAAAUAAAGGAGGAGAUUAUGGGAGGAAGAUUCAUCCAUCGCUAUACCGUGGGAGUCGUCAAAUGGCGCGGAGAAGAGGUAGAACCUCGGGCAGCGCUACCGUCUUCACCGCGAAUAGAACGUGCGGUCAAAAUGGCUGCACUUGGGCGAACUGUCAGUCUAGAUACGGCUACAAGGACGGUACGCUCUAUUCGGGUGGAGACGGUAGUGGGCUGUGGCCUGUACAGAACGAUGGUUUUGGCGGGAAAGAAAGGGGAAGGGUGAUGAUUCGGCGAUGGUGGGAUGGAGGUUAUGAUGAGAAUGAAGAUGACAAAAUGAU